UAGGACCAAUAUGAAAGUCUGUUAACAUUCAGUAGAUAAAAUAUGGAAAACUUCAGAAAAUCUCAAAUGGAACAAUUAUGAAGUCCAAAUUAUGAGAUAGUUACAUGAGAAUCAGUGUGAUGGAACAGUUCAGCUUGGAAAUGUCCCUGGCACGGCUUGGAAAAGUGGUUCCCAAAUCAAGCAUCUUGUUCCUGUGUGACAUGCAAGAGAAAUUCCGCCCCAACAUCAGCUACUUUCCUCAGAUUGUGUCUGUGGCAGCUCGGAUGCUGAAGGUUGCCAAAGUUCUUGAAAUUUGCACUGUGGUCACUGAGCAAUACCCCAAAGGUUUGGGUCCAACAGUACCGGAACUGGGAGCUGAAGAUUUGCCCAAAUACAGCAAAACAUGCUUCAGCAUGCUUAUCCCCGAGGUGGAAAAAGAGAUGGCGUCUGUUCCCAACUUGAAAUCCGUACUUCUCUGUGGGAUUGAGGCACAGGCUUGCAUCAUGAGUACUGCCUUGGAUGUCAUGGAGCGAGGCCUGGAUGUUCACAUCGUGAUGGAUGCUUGCUCUUCUCGCAGCCAGGUGGACAGGAUCGUAGCUCUGUCCAGACUGCGUCAGAGCGGGGCCUUCCUUACCACCAGCGAGGGACUUAUCCUGCAGCUUGUCCGGGAUGCGGCCCACCCACGUUUCCGAGAGAUUCAGAAACUGAUUAUGGAUCCUGCCCCUGACAGUGGCCUUCUGCCCCUCAUAAAAGAGCCAAAUCCCCUUUUCAGUUAGGUCAACUGGUCCAAGGAUGAUAAUCUUUUAAAAUGCCUUCAGCCAUUUCAUCUGAUGUCCUUGACCUUUUGAAUGGGAAGGAACAAAAUCAAGAUUCUUCAAACUGAUUUUAAAGAAGAUGAUGAAUUAUAAACAUAGCUGAGAAGCUGCAUCAGAUGUGAUCUUUCUAUAGUUAUUCAAUGAGAUGGUUGAAAGAAGACACUGGUAAUAUUUUGACCUGGUAUUUUUCUAUUAAGAAACAUCAAUUCUGCCUCCUUAGCUCAUAACAUUUAUCUUGGCUAUGUGUACAAAUAUAUAUUUAAUUUUCACAUUUUAUUGUGACAGUUCUCUUGUGAGCAUGUAUAAAUAAUACCUGGAAUUGUUUUACACUCUGUGUCUAUGGAGAUUCUCGGUCAUUCAGAUCAUGGUUGUCCCAAAGGUGUUUUUUCAAAAGGGAACUGGGCUUUGUUUUUCCUUGAAGAUGUUUUGCUUCUCAUCUAAGGAGCUUCUUCGCUUCUGAACAAUCUUCUUGGAUGAGAAGUGAAACGUCUUCAAGGAAAAACAAAGUCCAGUUGCCUUUUGACAAAGUACCUUUGGGUUUUACACUUUAGUACAGAUUUAGGAAACAAGCAGGAAAUUAAACAGAUGGGUUCAUACAUGAUUCUUGUUGUUUUAUAUGAAUAAACUACAGU